AUGUCCCACUCUGACGACUCUUUGAUACAGCAUCUGAGCUCGCUGGCCCUCGGUCAACCCUCGCGUAAUGUGCUCGACCUACCCGAACCUGUAUUAUCCUCGAUAUUCGACAUAGUCGUCGCGGUUGAUGAGGUUGUCCUUCCGCAUCGAGGCUGGUUAUCGAUAAGCAUGGUUUGCCGGCGCUUUCGUCAUAUCAUGCUUGACAAGAGGUCUGUGUUCGCCCAGCAUUAUACGCAGUUCCCGGGCGCACAGGCCGUGUUCAGGGAAAGGGCGGGGGACCUCACGCUCCUCUAUCGCCUAACGACUUCGUUUCCUGCGCUAUCGUCCAGGACCCUGGUCAAUGACACCCUCGACAUCGCGCGUACGGAGAUGAUCCGGAAAGCCGCUGACUUCUCCAGAUGCUCACACAUCUGGGUUGUGAACCGGGGCGACGUCGCUGCACAUCUACGGCAUCUCCUCCUCCUCUCUGAGACGGCAUCCCUGAGCCAGCUCGAGGAGCUGCGAUUGUCGGCCCCGGACGGCGCGAACUUGAUGAGAGAGAUCAAUGAGCCGUCGUACUCGGGGCGUCUGCGGGCGCCACUACUCCUUCGGGUGUUUUUCAAGUGCUGCUGGUGUCCCAUCAAGGCUCUGCGUCUGCAGUCCAUCUCUGUGAAAUGGAGCCCAUCGUCCGCCACUCGGCGCCCACACCCGUCGGUACUCGCCACCCAGCUCGUCGGACCUCACGCCCAGACCCUUGUCGAGUUGGAGCUCUGUGACGCCAUGCUUUCGCCUCCUCGUACCGCCGAUUUCUCUCGCAUUCUCGCAGGGCCCGAUUGGACACGGCUCGCAAUGCCCAACCUGCGCCGAUUGGUACUCAAGGGCUGCGUCUAUUCGUACAUUAAGAUGCUUGGGUCUAUCCAGUAUCCAUCCGAUGUGUCGGUGUCCCUCGCACUUGACUGUAGACGUCUGCCGGGCUCGGUCUCUAUCGCAAAUGCUUUGGAUGCAGUCCUGCGCCGCAUUCCGACCGCGCGCAACGUUGUGAACGCCGUGAAGAUCAGCAUUGAAGACGUAGAAGACGAUACGCUGGAUGUAACAUUCUCUGGCUAUACCCUGAGCGACGCCGACCUGACUUUGGACUUCUGGCAUCGUUCGAAUCGAACGGAACCGGUCAUCAAAAUCUCGCUCAGCGGGUUCGAUCCGGAGGCCGCCGAUUGGGAGGACUACCUUGCGCCCUUUACGGCAAGACUGGGAGCAGGUCCUCCUACAGCAUUCUCUUUCCACGCGCCCUUGGAUUUCUUUGACGAGGGCGAGGUAUACUGGCUGACUGUCUUUCGGGCACUCCCGGGGGUCACCGCAGUGCAUCCUUUGGAACGGAUAAAGGUCGCGGUAACGGACGAGGGAUUUGCAACGAGGCGCUUGAUGGAGAGGUUGGGAUCGUGUAGAUCGAUAGACUGA